CGCGGUUACACGACUCUCAUACAUUUUGUAACUACUUAUCAUGUCUCUCGAAUCAGCCAUUGAAUAUUUGCAAUCCAAAACUGUUCCAUCCGUUCAGCUUUCGCCACCAGCAAAGACGAUUAACGAUUUGCUGCUUGACGCCACCAAUACUAAACACAAUAAGAGACAAACACGCAUCAGAAAUGCUGAAGCACACGAACGUCAACUUUGGAACAUGAGUGGAGACGAUGCUGUACUUGGAAGACAUCGUACUGCUUUAGAUCGUGCAAACUUAGCGGGAUCUGGUGGACCUCGAGACUUGGAACAACUGCUGGCAGCUGCCUCCAACUUGAAUAAAGUGUGCAAUAUAGCGGAUAUUGAAGAUAUAAUUGAACGACUUCGACAAGAGCAGGAUACUCAUCAGACUGACCUGGACUAUUUGACCACGACUUUCAAUGAGAACAAAAUUGAGAUGGAAAGGCUCAGAAAGCUUGCAGCGAAAAGAAAAAGCGAUAAACAACAUGAUCCAAUGGAGAUUGAUCCUGUACCAGAUCAGAAAUCCGCUCAAGAAGCAGAGCGACAAGCUCAACUGGAGAAUGAGCUGAAGGAACUGGAAUCCAGUAUCGCUCGAAGGAAAGAAGAACUCGAGCAAGCAUCAGAGGAACUACGUCGCUAUCAAGAACUGAAAGUACCAAGGCAAGAACAACCUGCGAUAUCGACCCCGGUGCCUCCUUCACCUGUGCAGGUUACAAAUGACUCAUCGUCCAACCUACAAUUGUCCCUUCAGGAAAUUUUAAAAGAUCCAUCUGCUAGCACUACAGAUAAACUCAGCAUGGUUCGGCGAGAACUUUUACGAAAUAUCAUGGCAAAUACCGAUACAACAGGCAUGGCCAAGGUUAUGGCCAAGGUUAUCCAACUUUUAGAAGCCGAGCCAAGUCAUCGAAUACUACUGAAUGACCUAAAGCAAAAGGCUACGGACUAUGCUAACGGAUUUGACUUGAACAACAGCGCAGGAUCCCAAGCAAUCUAUAAAUUGAACGCGUACAAGCUCGUCAUUAUUGAUCGAACGCAAGAGCAAGCCUUUGUCCAAUUGACAUAGCGGUCUUCCUUUAGUUCCAUCACGACGAGGAGCAGGAGAAUGAAGGGGGUCAGUGUGAUUCAACGAUGGACUUCAUGGCCUUUUUUUCCUUCCCGUCUUCGCCGUCCCCCCCAUCCUCACCGCCUCCCUUCUUCAUGCUUCCUCUCCGUCUUCUCCUAGACUGGGCGCGCAGCAUUUAUAGAGGAAGCUAUAAUGCUUCUCUCUAAUGUAUAAUCAAAACGAAUGCAAGUUCUAAAUAGGAGUAGUAGUAAACGAAAUCUCUCUCUCUUUCUCCCUGUAGAAAAAAAGGUUGUAAAUAAAACAUAUAAAUAUCAUAACACUGCCGCUUAUUAUGACGACACGAUUUCAAAC